GCCUCUCAGCCAAUCACGAGUAGCAUAUCUGAGGACAUCAAUCAACGGAAUGAAACUGUGACUUCGAACGUGAAUAGGACAAUUCUAGUUUAGGUUAAUGCAUAACUCAUAAGAGUCGUUAGAGUAGAGUCGGUUUGCAAUUCAGAUCAGCGAAACUUAUGUGUAAAACUAUUACAACAAAUUUAAUGUGUACCAAAAGAGAAUAAUAGAUAUGGCUACUAGUGCAGGACUAUAUCUGGCCUCAAGCACACCGCCUUCACUUAAUUCAUCCUCUCUAGGAGACCAAAUUCACAAUAUGCAGUGUGGCAUUUCUCAACAAGCUCAAUACCAUCACAGAAAUGAUAUGGACUUAAAAUAUCAGGAAAUGAAAUAUAUGCCCCCGCAGCACCAAAAUGGACAUCGUUUGGACUACCAUAACCCAUGGGGCAUUCCGUGCACGGACGCUUGGAACAAUUCAGCUAUGCCUCAACUUCAGGAUAUGAGAGACAUGCGAGAAUCUGUUGUGAUGAGGGACAUUAAAUAUGACAUUAAACAAAAUCAAGGAAAUGAUGGAAGUCAGCUAGCUACAUUACAUCAUAGACCUCAGCAGAUACAUUCUCCACAUGCCUGGCACACACAGUUAUCUUCACCCCAUCUGAACUUGUCAAAUGGAGGGGGUGGUCAGAUGCAGCAUCAUGGGUACGGAAUGCCAAUGAACGGUAUGUUGUCUCCCCAUGGCAUGCACCCGGCUAUGAGGGACCCGGAACAUGAACUGGACCAUCACAAUCCUUCGGAUGAGGACGCCCCAUCGUCGGACGAUCUAGAGGCUUUUGCAAAACAGUUCAAACAGAGACGGAUAAAGUUAGGAUUCACUCAAGCAGACGUUGGCUUAGCUUUAGGGACAUUGUACGGUAAUGUUUUUUCUCAAACGACAAUUUGUAGAUUUGAAGCACUUCAAUUAAGUUUUAAAAAUAUGUGUAAACUCAAACCUUUGUUGCAAAAGUGGUUAGAAGAGGCUGACUCAACUACGGGAUCAACCACUAGUAUGGACAAAAUAGCCGCUCAGGGUAGAAAAAGGAAGAAGCGUACUAGCAUUGAAGUGACAGUCAAAGGUGCGUUGGAGCAACAUUUUAUAAAACAACCAAAGCCUACAGCACAGGAAAUACUUCACUUAGCGGACUCUUUACAGCUAGAAAAAGAAGUUGUGCGCGUUUGGUUUUGUAACCGAAGACAGAAAGAGAAACGAAUGACACCCCCGGGUGUAGGAGCUAAUGGUGAACUUUUAAUGACUGAUUCCGAUCAGGGAGAAAACUCUAGUGAUAGGAGUCCAAUGUCACCUCCAGUCAGUCAUAAUGGACUAAACGGUGUCCACCCUGGUAACCAGAACGGUAUGAGUAUGUCUUUAGCAUCGUCUAUAAACGGAAUGUCACCCAGUGGUCACUUAGAAAUUGGUCAAUUAUUAAACUCUCACCUUCAACAGCCUCAAGCUCAUCAUUACAAUACACAAAACCAUUCGCCGACCCACUGAUAAACUUUGUGUGAAAAAGACCUAAGGUUUUAUUCGUAACAAUGUACCAAGAAAGUGUGUGUUGCCGUUCAAUCGUCCAAAGGAAAGUGUCACCUCCGCUUCAAUACACGGUGAUGUAUACCAUAUACAUUUAUUAUGCAUAUUCUUAUAUUAUAAGAACGUUAUAUUAACGGUGUCAAAAAAAGAAAGGGGCCAGAAAAUAUGUUGUCUAAUACUCCGAAUGAUUUGGUAUGUGUAUAUAAUAGUAGACUUUUUAGGGAGUUUUAUUUAAUAAUAUUAUGGAAAGUGUCUGAUUAGUGCAAUUUGUGAAUUCUACCAAAUACGUGCCUAUAUAUUGAUGUCUGUCUAUUCAAAAAAAGAAUUUAAAAAAUUAUAAUGUGAUCGUCUUUCUAAAUAAACAAGAAGAAAGUUGAUCAACUCUUUACAAUUCAAAUAUUUAAAGUUAGCAUUUAUAUUAUAUAUCCCAGAAAGUCAACAAAUCAAGUCGGUAAUAUUAAACAAGAUUCUUUAAAAUUGUUUAAGUGAGAUUUUAAAGACAUUUAAACUUCAAUUAAUUAUCCUACGAAAAACUGUAUGUACUUAGAUCUCUUUACAACUCAUAAUUGAAUGAUUAAUUUUUAUAAAAUUUUAUUUUCAUUUUGAAAUUAAUAUACUCUACUCUGUAUAUUACAGACAAUUGAGUUUGAAAUUUGGAAACACCAAAAGUAUAAGUUUAAUCUAAUUCGAUUUAUGAAACAAUAUUUCAAUACACAAAAUUACAAAUUGUUUAUUGUGUGUAACCAGAUUAUGUUACAUUAAUUAUUUUAAGACUAAUUUAUUCUUAUGAUAAGGAGAAUUUGUUUGACCUACCAAUUACCGUUUGUCGCUUGAUAUUAAUAAGAAUAUCUAAUCCAUUGAUAACUCUUAUCAUUCCGUGUGCUGUUAUUUUUUAUUAGUUGGGUUGUAAAUUUAUUAAGAAAAAUUGAGAGACUUGAGAAUAUUUUUCAUUCCAUUUUUGUAACACUAUUUAUUUACGCUGUUGAACAGUUAUUUAUAAAUGUCCUUACGACAUAAUGUCACUGGACCCUAAUUGAUAUGUGUGUUUUUGUUAUUGUUUUUCUUUGAUUUGUAAGAAUAUAUUGUGAUUUUCAUUAAUUUAAAAAAUUACAUGUCCAUGUUCAGGGUUUGAAGUUGCCUGUACAUUAAUAAUAAAUAUUUUUUAACAAA